GCCAUGACAACCAAACGCAAAUUACUGCAGUGUCUGGACUUCGCAAACACGGUGAUAGUUUGAUAUUAAUGUUGAUAAAGUAUCGUAAGUAAGUCGUUGACAACGAAUGGUUUAGUGUUCUGUAAAUGCACUGAUUGAAGAAAGUAUCUUUCAAAACUAUACAAAUGGAAAACUUUAAGUUCCCCAGGUUUAGGGAACAUCAUAAGCCUAAAUACAUCAGGGAUCUAAGACAAAAGCAACAGUUAUCUGGAUCAUUAGACAGUCACAGAUGGUGUUUUCUGUCACCAGGCCUGGAUGAUUUUAGAGAUCAUUACCCGACAGUCUAUAAAGUGCCAUUUACCCAGUGUAAAUGUGCUCUGUCCCCUGUGGUCUUCGGUCUGCUGAAUCAUGCUUGUUCAGUGAAGCUCCAGCGAAAGAAACUGAGUAAAAAUCAAGUGUGUUACUCAAAGCAAAAUCUCCAGAGUCAGACUCAGCGUGAGUUCAUCGAUGCCGUCGAGCACAAACUCAAGCAACACCCACUGGCUCUGUAUCCACAUCUGGAGAGUGGGAUGAUACCAGAGGUUUUGUCUGUCCUGGAUCCUGAUAUGUGCAUGAAGGGAGAGUUGUCCUUAACCAAGAAAACAGAGAAACAUCUAGAAGACAGGAGAGCAAAAUGUGAAGUCUCAACUCAGGAGAUUUUAAAACGAUCCACCAGCAUCAAAUCCCCAAAGGAUGAAAGUAAAGACACCAGAGCAAGAAAUGCAUAUAAAUGGCAGGAACUCAAAGAAAUAGACAAAGAAUAUCAGACGGCAAAUGCUAAACAAUCACAAGAAGACAAGCAAAUGUUUGUUAAGUUCUUCUGUGAAUGGAUUACUUCACUGGGCGGUGAGACAAGUGAUCUGAGAGAGUCAACCAUCUUGGACCUUUUUAAGAGUGACUAUGAGAAGAAAACCACCUUGACUUUACCCAUUAACAAAAUUGCUCACCAACCUUCAGGAAAGUGCCACAGUUCUGUAAAAGAACACUUUAAAGACCACUGCGUCAAAGAGCUGACAGAGGCCUAUAAACCCAAAAUACUAAAGACUGCUUAUGAUUCUCCAAAAGCUCUGGCAGAUGUCAAAAGGAAUCUACACUUUGAGCCAAGCAAGCAGAACAAGGAGCUGAAGCAGAUUCAUGGCAUUCAUGCAUUCAGAGAGUUUAUUAUCAACAAAGGAGUGAGAAUGCCAAGGGUAAUAUCAGAUAACAUUGGCUCUCCAUAUUCCUCUUAAAAAGAGCUGGUCCAUGAUCCAUGAAGAUUAAAUAUUUGCAUAUUAAUAAUUAAAUACUUUAUCAACACUUACAGAAAUAAUGAUAUAUAUCCAUGUUCAGUGCUCCUUUUUUUCUGAAGAGGAACAUACAAUGAUUAGAGGUUACACAUAGUCAAAAUUUAAAUGAAUAGACAUGCAUUAAACUCUUUAUAUGAUGUUUCAUUGUGUUGUUUUAUUGUACAUCACUUCACACAUAAAAAGUUUUAGCAGCUAGAUGCAGUUCCGCAAACUACAGUUUUAUUUUUUAACAAUCAACAAUUUUAAACAAGGGCUUAAUUUUGGCACAGUUUUCACAUUCGCUGGUUCUCUUCAUUCAUUCAUAAAAUUUAUAAUAAAUAGGAAAUCUUUAUUUAAAAAUAUGAAAUACAAUCUAGUUUAAUCCAAUGCAUCCACACACGGUUUUCUCUGCAAAAAAAAACAUUUUUCUGCAGAAAUAAAAAUCAUUGAUAAAUU